CUGUGCCAACUGGCUUUCCGAUAAAAAUACUACUAAAAUACGCUUCGAUCGGAUUCUUUUCUCAUCCUGGCGGAUCCAAACCUUCACGUCCUCACCACAGUUCCAGCGGAAAACCAUUUGGUCGCUCUCCUAUUGCUGCAUAUACCAACGAUGCCAAAUCUAAUCGUAGAGGUAGAACCUCCUAGCCCUCUGAGGUACAUAAUCGGAGCGGCAAUAAUGAUGAUCGGCGUCGUAUUACCCCUCGGUUACAUGAUGUUCCGCAACAAGCGUGUUCCCUCCUCCCCUUCCUCCUCUUCUUCUUUCUCCAAACAGACGGACAAGGUUUUGAUAUAGAGGCAUAGCUUUAAAUUUCGUUUGGAGAUCGUCAAAGUGUGAUAGGAAGAACAAGAUGAGAAAGAAGAGCCUUAGCAGAUCUUCAUGCCAUGAUUGUAUAUGGGUUAAAGUUGGACUUCUGGCUUAUGGGCUUGUUGGAAUUACUUGUUGAGGACUAUGAAUGUUAUGUUUGUGGCUAAAUUCCAUUGUUUCUUUUUGGUUUGUUUUCUUUUUGGAGCCUACUGAUGUUCACUAUGCUCUGCUGGUCAUACUUUUGUCUUGAAUAUACUUGUUUUCCCA